AAGCACACCGAAUCUCCAGUCGAACCCGCCCGACGAGAUAACCUCAAAACCGCAAUCAUGUCCCACGAAUCCGUCUGGAACUCAAGACCCCGCACCUACGGAAAGGGCGCCCGUGCCUGCCGAGUAUGCACACACAAAGCUGGUUUGAUCCGCAAGUAUGGAUUGAACAUCUGCCGACAAUGCUUCAGAGAGAAGGCCUCGGACAUUGGAUUUGUCAAGGUAUGCGAUGGGCACACAGACUCGAGCUAUGACGGCAGUGAAUUCUAA